AUGUAUAAAUUGGACUCAACAAACUACAUAAAUAAAGUCAUUAAUCUAGCCUUGGGGAGAAGUAGUGUUAUUCUUGCAGAAUUUUGGGGAGUUUAUGAAGGGUUAACUCUUACUCUAGCCUUGGGUAUUAGGAAGGUAGAGGUAAAUAUUGACUUGAAGGAGGUGGUUCUUGCUCUUGAAGAAGGGAGGACAAUCAUUUUAGAGUGUGUGGCUAUCCUCCGUAGGAUUAAGAAUCUCAUGGAUCUUCACGAGAUUGUUGUUAUCUCUCAUGCCUAUAGAUCUACCAACAUGUGUGCGGAUGUGCUUGCAAAACGAAGUUAUAUUGACAAGACCUUCACCGUUAACAAGGAGCCACCAGAAUUCUUAUGGCCUCUUAUGGCGGCAGAUUCUUUAGGGAUUAGUAGUCUAUUUUUAGAUUCGGUGUAG